UUAGGUUUCAAGAAAGUGUUGAAGUGAAAGAUGCUUUGUUCUACGAUAACAAGGCAUAUCUGCCCCGAUUUUAUUUUUAAUACGAAUGUUCUGUAGCAGAUUAGUGCUUCGGGCGCGCGAGCUGUUGUUAAAGCGAUUCGUUUGAAAACCGGUCAUCACACUUCAAUACUAAACAUGGUCGAGCCCGCUAAAGAGCGGUUUGGUGGAACAGCGCUGGCAACAGGCAUCAGUAUUAUAGCCAUCUUGAUUUCUCUACUUUGCCUUGUCCAUGUCUUCUUCCUCGCCUCGCAUCAGCCACAGUGCAAUUGUCCGCAAAAUGGAGUGCUCGACAACUCAAGCGAUAAAACAGCGCAAGAGGUAAAGAAGACAUUCACUGCUAAAGAGAAAACCUCCACAAAAACACGAUCAGAUGCGGCUAAAACUUUUGAGCAAGUGACGGAGGGAAAAAAAGUGAGAUUGCGUCGGCAGAAUCAAAAUAAUGGACAGGUGAAUGGCAACACGGCUUUUGGUGGUUACCUGCAUAAUGCUAUUUUGCGAUUGCAACAGCAAAUGAUUGCCGUGGAGGGAAGAGCUCAAUACUUACAGGACCAGUACUCGAAGACCGUAAAUCGGGCAACACCCCGUGGGCCUCCGGGUGCGCCUGGAGUUCCCGGCAGAGACGGAAGUGACGGAAGGUCAGGAAUGGACGGUCCAACGGGGCUCCCUGGCAGAGAUGGACCCCCAGGAAAAGAUGGUUAUCCCGGUUCAGCAGGGGCUGCGGGGCCUCCGGGUGUAAAUGGUCUUCCAGGGCAUCGUGGAGAGAGAGGUUUAAAAGGAGAGAGGGGUGAUCUUGGUCUGAAAGGUGAUAGAGGUUUACCUGGAAUGAAGGGAGGAAGAGGAGUUCCCGGUAUACCGGGAGAGGACGGCGAACCAGGACUUCCCGGUACGGUGGGGAGCAAAGGUAAUAAAGGUGAACGUGGGAAGACGACUUGUUAUGUCACGGAGCGGGGUCGGAGGGUGGAGAAAUCGUGCUUCGAGGCUGCGUCUUAUGAAGAAAUUGGCCGGGAUCAAAGUAAGGAUGCUGGAGGGGCACUUACCUAUGUUCGAUGGGGAAGGACCACGUGCCCCGUGGGAGGUGCAACGAUAGUGUAUUCAGGACAAGCUGCAGGCACACGUCAUGACAAAGCUCGUACAGGAGGGUCCCCUUACAUCUGCGUACCCAAUCAGCCGUGGUACUUUGGUCAAGUGGAUCCCAGUACUCCACUCGGCAACGUUUCCCAGGUAAACCGCGAUGCGCUGAAGCAGGACGAGACACGCAGCAUCUUACACGGCACUUACUUCUACUUGUCAUGUGUGUUGUGCCUGGUCAGGACCCGAAGCGUGCAGAUCAUGCUGCCGGCUCGAAAGGAAUGCUAUCGGGGCUGGCAUCGGGAGUAUGAUGGUUACCUGGUGGUGCAGUCGAACCGGAAGGACCACAAAGACGUCAUCUGCUUGGACCGGGAAUCCAGGAAUCUACUGAAAGAUGCCACAUACGUCCGAGGGCUUUUUGCGAGUUGUGAGACGUUCUCCUGCCCGCCAUAUGUAGAAACAGAGAGACUCCCUUGUGUUGUUUGCACGAUUUAGAUAUAAUGCUAACUGUCUUGGACAGAUAAAGCCCGUUCGUUUAACUCUUAAGUGUAGACUAAGCUGGUUUUGAUUAAUUUUAAGCUUCACUUUCAUCGCUGCUAAAUUAGUGUCAGAUUGAAUUUUCCAUCCCACCUUGAAGAUCAUUAGUUCUUCGUAGCGCUUUUCGAGUACUGCGCGUUAUAACCAAAACCCAAGUUAUUUGAACGUCCAGUCAAAGCAAAGUAAAAUAUUACACAAGGACCCAAUAAGCAGGUGAAGUAAAAUCAUAACAGUCAUCCUAAAGCGC